AUGAUAGAGCCUGUAGUUAACAAGUUUACAAGUUUUGAAUUAGAGGAAAGCACUACAAAUUGGGCAAACCAAGUGGAAAAUGAGCAAAAAUAUCAAACAGAAACUCUCAAAACUCUUUUGACUUCAAGAGAAACAC